AUGUUCAAGAAUAUACGAUAUGCGGCGCCGCCAGUUGACGGGAGCAUCGGCCACUCGUGUGUACAAGCGGCUCCAAACGGACUUAACCUACUCGGUACUGGCAACCAGUCCCCAAUCGGCGGGGUGAUCAACCAGUUUCUUGGGGGCAUCCCACUUCCCGUAUUCUCAGGUGGCAGCGAAGACUGCCUGUUUUUAGACGUUUGGUACGUAUAUCCUAUAUAUGUUCCUGGAAAGGCCUUGAAAGCAUCAUCUGAGAAAUUACCUGUUGUGGUAUUUGUAUAUGGUGGUGCGUAUGUCUUUAGCAGUAAAAACUCAAUGCAACCGGAGCUGCUGUUCUACGAUGGGACUGGUCUGAUAUCACAAUCCGGCAACAAUAUAAUCUUUGUAGCAAUGAAUUAUCGGGUAGGAGCUUUUGGCUUCCUCGCUGGAACUACUAUGGAGAACGAAGGUACCCCAAAUGCUGGGCUCUGGGAUCAGGGUGGGAAGCUUGACCCUUUAUUCUCCAAGGCUAUAUUGCUUUCCCCGGCUUUCGAAUACAUGUGGAAUCGCGCUGGUGCGGUUCAAAAGACAUUUGAGGCAUUUGCAAGAAUGACUGGCUGUGCUAGUCAAGGGUUGAUGAAGCAGCAGUAUUCAGGCACCUUCGCAGUCGGCCCAACGCCUGAUGGAUCAUACAUACGACAGCUUCCCGUACUGGAGUUAAGCACUGACAAUUUCUGGAACAUAGAGUCACUCAUCUUGUCGCGUACUACUGCCGAGUCGAACGUAUUUGUUAAAGGCCUUGGACAGACGGACAGCGGGUUUACAUCGUUUGUCGACGCCAUAUUUCCAAACUACACUCAGGCUGCCAGAAUCACGGAUAAAAUUGGUUCUUUCUACGCGGUCUCUGGACAAUCAAAAUAUAAGUCGCAGACGGACCGAGUACAGGCUCUCCUCCGCGAUAGCAGCUUUAUAUGUAAUAUCCGGCACCUUACCGACAGCUUUGGCGACUCCAAGGUCUGGAACAUGCGGUACGGGGUUUCGCCUGGUGCUAAGCUCGGAGGAAAAAGCUGGCUCGAGAACCUGGCGGCGUUGAUAACACCGGGUAUCGGAUCGCUCAUUUCCGGCAUCAGCGUUGCGUUGCAAAGCUAUUUUACGAACUAUAUUCUCACUGGUGAUCCUAACACCAAUCGCAAGAUCUUUAACCUGCCGCCGGCGAUACGAUGGAACCAUCCAGAUAGUCAGGCGGAGCAGAUCUCAGGCGUGGUUAGCCUCGGUGGUUGGGGGUUUAGCACGAUACGAUAUACCCAAGACGAGAAGACGGCGUGUGAUUUUUGGAGGGAUAUAGCCGCAGCCGUGAUUAGCUUAGGUGGAUAUUCACCGCCUGGUGCAGUGGUACAGCAAAGUAUGGUCGACGUGAGAGAUCCGAGUAUGAAGGACAAUGGUGGAAAUCGAUAG